AUGGCCAGGUGUAACAGCAGCACCCUGCUCUCUAACCUGGGGCUGAGGUACUGCUCCAGCAGGCAGGGCCCUCUGGGGAUGGGGCCCGGUCAGGGGAUAGCCCCAGGCUCCUACAGCCACAUAGGGAACAAUGGCAGUAGGCCUUACAGGAGUAUGGAGAACCUGAACUGGAACACUGUGGCAGAUUCUGGCCUGUGUGCAUUCAGUGCUGCCCCCUACAGGAGCGUGGACAGUGAGUUCAUUUUACGCUAUACCUCCACUAGCCAUUGGUAUGAUGGGCCCCCAGAUGGAUCUGUGGUGGGAGCCCAUGGACUGGUACCUAACCCAGAGAGCAUGGCAUUUUAUACUCGACAUGGGCUGCCCAGGAAGGACCUACCACUCUUCCCCCAGUUGCUGUUUCCAGGUGGUGUCGACGAAUGGGAUGCAAGAAAAGGCCUGAGGGAGAAACUCCGCCUUCAGAGUGCAAGGUCAGCAGUUGAACCUCUGAAGCCCCUCCCACUGCGGCCUCAGGUGACCCCAAGUGCUGCACCCAUUGAAAGUCAGGGUGUGCAUCAUGUGAAUUCAACAGGUGCUGGUCCCAGGCCGCUGUGCACAAUGCGCAUCACCAGCCCUGAGGAGAUCAAGCAGGAGGUCCUGAGGCGCCUACAGCUCCGGCGGCAGAACAGCAGCCCAAACCUCACUCUCCACAGCUCCCCGUCCACCCCGAAAGUGGUUAAAACAUCCUGCACAACAGACAACAUUGCAGAUAACAGGAAUGGAUUAGACUCUGUAUCUGAGGGCCGCAGACCUCCUGUGGGACGCCUGUAUAUCCCUACAUUCGAGGAAUUUAAGAGAAUGAGGCAGAAGGAGGGGGAGCAGAGCAAAGAGUCCACAGCGGGUUCUGUGGUAUCUGGAAAACCUGAGGCUGACUCACAUGAUGUAGCAGCAUCAGACAGUGAGAUAUCUCCUUCUGAUCAUACCGCCCAUCAUUCAGAUUUUCGCAGAGGAUACAGAGAGCAGAGCGAAAACCCUGAGGAGGUGGAGGGAGACAAGAGCACAGGUGAAAGGACAGGCAGCAGUGAUGAAGGCCUGCAGACCAUCACCACCUCAGAGAAACUUCCUUCUAACACUGUAAACAGUAAAAGCACUGCAGACAGCACCUCCACCUCCACCGCCGUUACCAGCACAUACUCUCCCAUCCGCACAGGCCCAUCUCCACGUUCACCCCUGCAACCUCUGGCCAGCUCAGCCCAGAAGAAAGCCCCUGCUGCAGGGGGAGAGGAUGGGAGCAGCAGGCGUAGGAGGAGCAGUCUGGAACCAGCUGGGUCAGUUCCUUUCCCACCCUGCAGGGAGAACUGGGAACGGCCCUCCAGCUGCUGCCCAGCGCUCCUUCUGGAGGGGACAGACUUGUCCAGCUAUGGAGCCAAGAUUUAUAAGAUGAAGGAUGGCCUCAUUGGCUCCGCACUGGACCUCAUCAAGAAGAGCUGCAGUGCAGAGAUCUCCGCCGAGGCCCCCGUCAGGCUGUCAGGUGACCGGGACGGAGGCUGUGACAUCACCGCCCCCUCGACCGACUGUCAGCCCUCUGCCGUUGCCAUGGCAACGUCGGCAACGGCCUGCGGAGCUGAGGCUGGCGACGAGACGCCUGCAGGAGGAGGAAGAGAGGAGGCAGGAGAAUGCCACACCGGCCUGGGCUGCAGGCGCUCCAGCUCGGACGCAGCCUAUGAGCUGGCUGAGACGGUGAGGGCGCAGCGCGAGUGCCGUCUCCGACCCCACUACAGCGACCCCAUGCCAGCCGACGCCUCCAAACGCAAACAGCUGGAGAUGAAGAUCGCUGCCGCCGCCCGACUCCACGGCCAUCGCCGAGACCGUGACAGAGACAGAGACACAAUUCGCGGCCGCUCAGAGCCUCCUGGUGAGGAGCGUCAAGCGGGUCUGGGUGUGACUCGGUCCGGGCAGCAUCGCUGGAGCACCAUCAGCAGUCUGAGUGCUGACAGUGGCGUGGUGGGUCUCAGUGAUGAGCGGGAGGAGGAGGACAGUGAGCCUCGCCGUUACCGCAGAAGCCGUGGAGCUGAGGUCGAACGGGUGGACAGCGGCAUCGGCCCUGGGCUGUCCCGCACCUGGAAGAGACCAUCUGCCUCCCUCAGAGCCUGGGAGGCCCAGAGACCUUGUCCAGACUGUGGCUUGAGAGACGGGGCCUCCAAAGAGCGAGGAGAGCGCAUGUGCGAGCGUUGCUCCAAGCUGCGCACCGAGCGCAAAGAGGCCAUCCUGGAGUUUCUGAACACAGAGUCGAGCUACGGCGAGGAUCUUAGGAUCAUCAAAGAGGAAUUUUACUGCCCCAUGCAGAGCGCCGGGCUGCUGACAGCUGAGCAGCUCACUGUGGUUUUUGGUAACGUUCAGGAGCUGAUAGACGUCAACGACCGCUUCACUGAACACCUGCAAGACAGCAUCGACCAGGCCUUUGACCAGGGAGAUGAGGAUCUGCUGACAGUGUACAUAGGAGAGAUCUUUCUAGAGUUCGUCAAUAUGCUGCCCGCCUUCCAGACCUACUGCCUGCAGCAGUCCACCUCAGUCAACAUGCUCAACGCGCUGGAGAAGGAGAAAGAACUGCUCCGAAUCUUCCUGGAUGUUUCCCAGAACGACAACACAGCACUACGUCGUAUGAACUUGCGCUCCUUCCUUAUGGCGCCCCUCCAGCGCGUGACCAAAUACCCGCUUUUAUUGAGCCGCAUCAUUAAGGUCACUCCAGAGUGUCACCCCGACUAUGCACGUCUCCGUGAGGCCAAGAGUCGAGUGGAGUCCCACCUGGAGCACAUCAACAUGAAGACCAAGCAGGAGGGUAAUGGCGUCACGUGGUCUCUCCGCUCUUUCCGCCGCGAUAGCCGCAAGAACCGGGAGGUGAUCAACAUCGAGAUGCGAGAGGUGUCAAUGAAGACCGUGGGCUGGGCGAGGGAAAACACACGCUUCGUCAUGGAGGGACCACUCCAGUUGUCCCAGCCAGCAGAUGGCCAAUGGAUGAAGAAGGGUAGCAAGGCCCUCAAGUUCCAAAAUGUUCAGAGUCUGCUGAUGGUGAGGACACAGCGGGCGGGUGAAGCCCCAGGACAGGGCACUGACCUGGGUACACGGGGAGAUCAGGGGGAAGGUGGUGGAGAGAGCAUUCGAGAUGGAGUGCUGGUUCUAAUCAAGGACAAAAGCAGCGGGAAGUUCACAGUGUUGAGAGAGCCCAUCCGUCUGGGGAACUGUGUGGUGUCGACAGAUCCGGACUGUGAGGACACAUUCGAGGUGCUCGAUAUUCGACGGGAGUCUUUUGUUUUCAGGGCCUCGGACAAAUCCCGCACCCAGCAGUGGUUCCAUCAGAUUAAGAGAUACGCUCGAGACUUGGGCACCUGGAGGAAAAGACGCAAUGCUUUGCCCAACAUCAUGAUCAACACAAACCAGACCCGCUCCUGAGACCAACCAUCCACCGCCUUUGUUACACUGUAAAUAACCUGAAUCCUUCUACGGCAAAAUCAACAAGAAACAUUUCUGAGUGACACCACUGUUAUAACGUGAGAUUUCAGUUUUAAAACAAUCUUUCUCUCAUGAGGGUAAGAGAAAGUCAUAGCACUUUUUUCUUACAAAGCUGUAAGUGCACCAUACUGUCAUGAAAUUACGUAUGAAGAUUUAAUUUAAAGCCGUUACACUAAAAAAUAUCAGAUUGUGGGACAACCAAAAAAAACCUGGGCUGUGCUCGUCAGCCUUGAUUGUAAAGACUGUUUGCUCUUGGGGAAAGAGAGCUGUGUUUUCAGUAAAUAAGGUGUGUCUGUUGAAUAGCAUGACUGAACAUGACUGACUGCAAAAAGAAAAAUUGUAAUGUCAUUUUUUUAUACGAG